UGUUGUUGUUUGCCAGCGCGUCUGUGCUACACAAGUUGGGUUUUAGGUACGUGGUAAAAAUGACCCUGAAAACAGUUGGCUCUGCUUUAUCUCGGUCCUUAUGGACACGAGGAAAGAGGGGGUCUCCAGUGGUGAGGUCACCCCGCGAGAACAGACUUUCCAGCACCUGCUGCGGCUCCGCUAAAGAAAAGCAGGGCUGUGGAAAAUCAAAGGAGCAAAGUUGUGACCCGAGCAUGUGUCCAUCCACCGAACCUCCGCACAGAGCCCCGGUCGGAGGCAACAAGAAGUCCGACGAGCCCGUGGGUGCCCCGGGUGUCAGUGGUGUGAGAGGACGCUCAUAUUUCACCAACGCGGCGCCCUCGGACCAAAGGAGCUAUUUGUGGGCUCGGUACCACGACAUGAAGCGGCUGGUACACGAUCUUAUUCCACCGGGCGCAUGCGGCAUUCUCAACCACUCUGCAAUUUACUCAAACAAUGAAGUUAGCCUGGCAGAGGUGGAUAUCUACGGCUUUGAUUAUGACUACACUUUAGCCCUGUAUUCGAACGCACUUCACACCAUGAUCUACAACGCUGCUAGAGGGUUUCUCAUUGAUCACUUCAAGUAUCCUCAAGGCAUCCGCAAAUACGACUACAUUCCUAACUUUGCUGCCAGAGGUCUUCACUAUGACAUACAAAAGGGGCUUCUGAUGAAAAUUGAUGCAUUUCAUUACAUCCAACCUGGGACAGUGUACAGAGGAUUGAGCCCAGUUCCGGACGAGGAGGUGCAAGAGCUUUAUGGUGGAACAUUUCACAUACCUCUGGAGCAGGACAGUGGAUUCUAUGGAAAGGGACCUAAAGUGAAGCAGUUUAUGGACAUUUUCUCAAUCCCGGAAAUGACUCUCCUGGCGGUCGCAAAUGAUUUCUUCAUCACAAACGACAUUGACUACGACCCAGUUCACCUCUUCAAAGAUGUGUCGGAAGCAGUGGGCAUGGUUCACCUAAAAGGAUACAUGUACAAAUGGAUCAUGCAGGAUCUUGAUAAAUACAUACUCAGAGGAGAGGAGACCGAUGCUGUUUUGCACAAACUUGUUGACCAUGGAAAAAAACUAUUCCUUAUCACCAACAGUCCAUUCGCAUUUGUGGACAAAGGGAUGACACACAUGGUUGGAAAAGACUGGAGAGACUUCUUCGAUGUUGUUAUUGUACAAGCCGACAAGCCGCACUUCUUUACUGAUUGUAUCAAACCUUUCCGACGCCUGGACUGUGAUGGUGCCCUGCGAUGGGAUAAGAUCAAGACUUUGGAAAAGGGACAGAUCUACAAACAGGGGAAUUUGUUUGACUUUCUCAGACUGACCGGUUGGAGAGGAUCCAAAGUCUUGUACUUUGGAGACCAUCUUUACAGCGAUUUGGCUGACUUGACGCUUCGACACGGAUGGCGCACAGGAGCUAUUGUCCCAGAGCUGGAGCAUGAGACGAAGAUCGUGAGCACGGCCCGAUAUUCGACCAGCCUCACUUGGAUGCAGGCUCUGACAGGCCUGCUGGAGCAAAUGCAGACACAUCGUGACUCAGUGUCCAGAGAGGUUAUGGAGGAGUGGCGGAAGGAGAGAGAAGAACUCAGGAUAAUGUCCAAGAACUUAUUCAACCCUCACUUUGGCAGCAUCUUCAGGACAUGUCACAACCCGACGUACUUCUCCAGGAGGCUGUGUCGUUUCUCAGACUUGUACAUGGCGUCUCUUAGCUGCCUAUUGAACUAUGACCUCUCCUACACAUUUUACCCACGUCGCACUCCUCUCCAGCAUGAAGCUCCCUUGUGGAUGGACCAGCUGUGCACGGGCUGUAGGAAGACCCCUCACCUGGACGACAUGUCGCAAAUCCGAUAAGAGCCGUUUAUGGACUCAUAGGAUUUUGUAUUUUAGCCUCAACACUUGAAGCUACCUAUAAGGACUUUUUUAUUGUUGCUGGUAAGGGUGGGCGAUUUAACUAUAUUGUCCGUGAAGAUUUUUAUGUCUUGAUUCAGUGCUUUUAUGUUUUAAAGCAGCUUUAUGUUUUUCCUGUUGGUCAUCCUGUAUCAUCUUCAGAGUGAGUGACAAGUGGCUUUAACCAGUCACAGUGAAGUGUUAACUCAAAAGAAGCAGUUGGCUUUGGUUAACUUUUUACUGUACCUGGUAAUGAAAUCCUUGGCCUACUAGCUCUAAGGAAAUUGUUUUGUAUUAUAUUGUCCACUCCUACUAGCUGGUUUUACUUUUUAACCAAAAAACAUAACGCACAACUCUCCUCACAGGGACAAUGCAAUGCUACAUAAUGGCCCAUUCAUAUUGCACUAUAGGGUGGUGUAGAUAGAGCUUCUGUUGAGAGAGCAUCUUUUUGUUAAACAUUACGUACAUGGUUAAACUGGAAGACGCACAUCACCUCGACUUGUUCUUGGUUAAUGUAUACAAUGAAAAUACUGAGCUGUCUCCGCACAAUUGCAAUAAAAUGCUUCAAUUUUA